AUGUCUCCCGAGAAAGACUCCACCGACCAAGACUCCGGCGUAACCGGCGCCGCCAAGUUCGUUACCAGCACCGUCGGUAACGUCGCCGGAGGCGUAGGCCGAACAGCAGGCGGCGUAGUCGGCGCCGCAACCCGCGGGGUCGGCGACACCAUCACGAGCGCGACGGGAUCAGCCGGCAAGCCCGUCGGCGACGCCAUAAGCUCCGUUGGCACUGGCGUCCAGAGUGGCGCCGAGGACGUGUCCAAGGGCCGACAAAAACGCAUGGCAGUUAACGCUGCUGAAAAAUAA